AUAGACGUGAUUGCAUACCUGGUCCGUCUUCGCUACAAUAUUUGCCUUUACCGGUUCUGCUGCACUGCAAAAUUACUAUAUUAUAUUAUUUAUUCGUGAAAUUAUUAUAAAUUUAGUAAAAUGAGUAGCUCCGAGGAAGUCUCCUGGGUCACCUGGUUCUGUGGACUUCGUGGCAAUGAAUUCUUUUGCGAGGUGGACGAGGACUAUAUACAGGAUAAGUUCAAUCUAACCGGUUUGAACGAGCAGGUGCCGAACUAUCGUCAGGCUCUGGACAUGAUCUUGGACCUGGAGCCGGAGGAUGAACUUGAGGACAAUCCACUACAGUCGGACAUGACCGAGCAGGCUGCCGAGAUGCUCUACGGCCUAAUUCAUGCUAGAUAUAUACUAACAAAUCGCGGCAUCGCCCAGAUGAUCGAGAAGUAUCAAACUGGCGACUUCGGGCACUGUCCACGUGUCUAUUGCGAAAGCCAGCCCAUGCUGCCCUUGGGUCUGUCCGACAUCCCCGGUGAGGCAAUGGUGAAGACCUAUUGCCCCAAGUGCAUUGAUGUUUACACACCAAAAUCGUCGCGUCACCACCACACCGAUGGCGCCUACUUCGGCACUGGAUUUCCACACAUGCUCUUUAUGGUGCAUCCCGAAUAUCGUCCCAAGCGUCCUACUAAUCAGUUUGUUCCACGGCUGUAUGGCUUUAAAAUACACAGCUUAGCUUAUCAAAUUCAGCUGCAGGCAGCAGCCAAUUUCAAAAUGCCACUACGAGCGCAACGUGGUCAACCCCCUAAGGACGAAGACCCUGAGAAUAUCAACGAAACGAUUCCAAAGCGUAUCUAAGCAGUUCAAGCAGUGCAGAGUCGAGCAAGCAGUCCAGCAGUCGAUCCACACCAACAGACUUAAAUACACAAACACAGAUAUAAAGAUACAAACAUACAUACACAGAUACGAUUAUACACUGAGGAUAAUUGUGGAUGAAAAUUGUUAACGAUCAACCCAGAUAUAUACAAAAUAUGAUAGCCAGGAAAAGGACCAACAUCUCAAGUUCAACAGCGCUGGAUCGAAAAGAUAUAUAAAAACAAAAAAAAGAUACAGAUACAUUACACACAUACAGCAGUUACAGAGUGCACCUGUGAGAGAAUCGGGAGCACAACAACAACAACAAAUUUAUUCUUUGCAUUUUAUUUACUAAGUGAAGCGGCUAAAAACAAUUUAGAAAAUAGUCUUUAAUGAAAUACUUAGUCAAGUGGCCGUAAACCCACCUCUUUUUCCGAUAAACUUCUUUAACCUAUCUUCUGAUCUUAUCCCACAUUCUCC